AUGGAAACCAGCAGAAAUCUGGAUGCAUUUUACGAAGAGAGAUCAAACCAAUUGGAACAAGUGAAGGCUGGCUUUGAUAGGCUUAAAGUGAAUAUGAAUGCAAUGAUUCGAAACAUGGAGACCAUGAACGCUAUCGGCUCUCAGUUUGGAGCGAGUGCUCAUUUAUGGACAUCAUUUCAUAAAACUAUCUCCCGACCCGUAACCACAUUCGAACAGCAACCCAUUGCCAAACCUGUGAAAGGUGCAUCGCCGUCGCUGGCACGAGAUUUAGAUGAAAGAUCCAUGGGAGAAGAAGAACGAUUAUAA